UGGCGUUGUUGUGCUCCACAGUGCAUGUUAUUGUGGCCGCAGCUUGCUGACAAAGUUUUGUUUACCUCGCUGAGACGAGCUGGGCGCGCACUGCUGUUGAUCAAUCGCUCGUCUGUAGGAUGUUUUUUAAUGUCUCAACCAAAGCGGAUUGACUGCACAGAGAGAGACACGUAACGUAUUAACCGUGUUGACAAGUUGAAUCGAUCCGUGGUUAUUUGCUUAUUCGGUAUGCCACCACACUUUGGUCAUACGGGCUGCAUUGUUGGCUCGGUUUGUUGCAACGGGACAUGGCAUUAGUGACUGGAUAAUCCGUUUCCAGCAACAAAGGGUUUCUCGUAAAUAGCGCUGAGCUGGCUGGCCACAGAAAGUGAUGUGGAUGGGGACGCAGGAAGAGUCCUGUCGUGGAAGGACUCAGCACUCAGCAUGUUUUCCUUCUUUAUAUUUUAUUUAUUUGUCGUCUCUUGCACGCUGCAGGCCUCGCAUGCCCGCUGCCUGGUGUGCGAGCCAUGCCACACGGGCUGAUUUUAAAUUAGGAAACAGCGAUGGAUUAGGGCGGCUUAUGGUGCUUGACAUUUAUUUUAAGCCAAUUUAACGUGUUACUUUGUUUAUUGGGCUAAACCCCGAGCUUGUGUAAGGUUGCACUUGUGAUGCGUCACGAUGAUCCUCACCUCAGAUGGUGUGUGUGUGUGCGUUUGUUUAAUGCACAGAGACUGCUCACACAGCGUGGCCGCUCUGUUAUCAGCAGCUAUGUUUCUGCUCCAAAUCAGGCUCAUUCUGCAAAGAAAUGGUGAUUUAUUUAUGUGCACCUUUUCAUAUAGAGUGUCUUAUAGGAUUUGGCAACAUGGCUAUAGGUAUGUGUAACAUCACAUGGCCUUGCUGGUGCACACACACUGUUUGUUAGCCCCAGUGCUUGGUCAUUCAGUUUCCUCAGUCAGUGGUGCCCCUGAGCCAGUGCAGGAUCUGAACAGCUGCAGCUGUCUAUUUUAAGAAGCUUGUGUUUUACUAGGCCACCAGAGUAAAGGGUGACGAUUGCAAGUCACUUCCUAGGUUGUGAGAGAUGGCCUUUGCCAAGUCCAUGUUGUAGAUAUUCUACUAUUAAUUUAUGUAAUCAGAUUGACAUAUUGUUGUUUUGUAACAUGAGUCCUGAGCAGGCAAGUGCUUUGAUUAUGGUGAUUAUCGCAACGAUAAAAAAUAUUUCGGUUUUCUGUUUAGAUGGUUGAGUGCUACACAAGAGUGACAAGAGCUUUUAUUUUAUACAGAUGAAGCAAGGAUUGGAAUUCAAACAUAAACAGUCGGGAUCUGUGUGCAUCUUGAAAUUUGGCAGAUUGCACUGUGGCAAAAUCUGCUCCAAAACCUUGCCAUCGGAUAAUAUUUUUGAUAAUCAUCACGGGUUUCCAUGGCAAUUGUCAAGAUCCUCUACAAGCUAUCAAAGCCCUGCAAGGCCAUUUUGACUUUUUCCCUGCUCUCUUUUUCCCUCGCAUAGAUCGUGUCAUCGUGACUCAUGCUUGCUCACUUUCAGAUGCCCUUCCUUUUUUGAGUCUGCAGCCACGGUUCAAAGGGCAUGGGUUCCCUUUUUUUUUCACCUCUGAGUCUCACAGUUGUAAAAAAAAGACUGGUUUCUAUCACGUUCAACCUGCUGUCUGUUCUGGUAGUGUGGCGGGAAAGCGAGCUUCCUGUCUGUUACAGGUUGGUCGAGCCAUGAGAGGCUUGUGUUGGUGUUGCCCAUGAAUAAGAAAAACACACAGCCUUCUUCAGAUCUGCUCACCCCAGGCCGGCGACCUCUGAGUGGGUCACAAAGAACUUCAGAGGGGAAGAGAAGAUUAUCUUGGUUGACCUUGCUACCGCUCACACUAAUGUCAAUGUAGUUUUACAGCUUUAUUUUACUAUUAUUCAUGCCCGUCAUGAGUGUACCAGCCCAGCAGAAACCCAGCGCCAAAAGAACAGGCAAACGCAUCACGUUUUUCAACGAACAAAGCGUAGCAAUGAAGGAAACUUCUCAGCACCCCGAGGGCUCCUAUUAUGUCCCAGGUGGCACUGCCUCAGACCCCGGACCGAGCGAGGCUGCAAGAACUGUGACCUCCAAUCCACAGGGCACUCACAUGUACCUCAACUCUGUCAUCUUCAGCCCAGAUAAGGGUGACCAGAGCAGGGGUCAUUAUCAGCAGACUGUGCCUAUGAAGUGGGCCCACCAGGAGCCCAGUCAGCAGCAGCCAUCUCUGUCCCAGCAGCAGAGAGCUGCCUCCUGGAAUACCAUGGCUAACUGGGGACAAAACAUUGCUAAUUACAUCGGAGGAGUUAAUGUAACAGACUCAAGGACCCAGAAUGCAUUUGUGAAGUCGAUGCACGAGACUUCUGGCUUACAGCCACAUCAACAGCCCCCUAACAGAGCUGCAGACAAGCAGCCUCUGGGGCCUAACCCUGCAGUUGAAGCGUACAGGGAUGCAGUUCAGGCUCGGGGAAUGGAUUGGGAGCAGCAGCAGCAGCAGUCCCAGGCCUUUCAGGAGACCUUGAAACCUGGGGCGCUGAACACCCAGCAGCAUAGCACAUCCCAUCCGGGAGGAAGCUCAGUCUUGCAGCCCUUCCAGUUGGCCUUUGGUCAGCCCAAGCAGCACCUGCCAGCCUACUACCAGACCUUUCAAGGCAACAGGACAACCCUACCUAACCCACCUAUCUACUCAACUCAAGCAAAACCCCCACACCAGUUGCAGCAGCUGCAGAAGCAAGAGCAAAUACAACGCCAGCAACAACAUCACAUAAUCCAGCAGCAAAUUCAGCAGCAGCACCAUCAACAAAUGCAGCAACAACAAAUCAUUCAGCAUCAACAACAUGUACAGCAACAGCUACAGCAGCAACAACAAAUACAGCAUGAGCAGCAGCAACAAAAGAUACAACAACAGCAACAGCAGCAGCAGCAACAGCUCCAAAUUCAGCAGCAAAUGCAACAUCAGCAGUUGCAACAACAAAACCCUCAUGUGCUUGACUAUUACCCCGGUGCACAAAAUGCACACCCUCAUCCACAGCCUGUGGUGGUACACUCCCAGGAGUCCUCUGCUAUAGCUCCCCCAAAGAUCCAGGAACCAAUUAUCCAGGACAUCACCCCAGAACCCCAGCAGCCUUCAGAUCCGCUGCAGCCCCCUCUCCAGUCUGAGCCCCUGUCCCAGUCCCAACCCCAGACACAACUCCAAUCCCAAACGCAGCUUCGCAGAUCACGACGACUCUCCAAGGAAGGCGGAGCGCCGUCCGACAACCCAUUUCUCUCCGUCUCUUCGGAUCAGGCUGCCCCGGGGCCGCUGGGCUCCCAGAACGGGGCCUGUGACAUCCAGGCAGCCCCGACCGGUGUCAUCCAGAGCACGCGCAGGAAACGCAGGGUGUCCCAGGAGGUCAACUUGGAGACCCUUGCUCAGAAGGCCUCGGAAAUGGAGUCUCUACCAUCACAUGUUGUAAAGGAGCCCCACAGGCCGUGGAGUCCAACUGACUCAGAGGGUUUGGACACCAAACGGCAGCGGGACGACAGCCUCCUUCCGCUUGUCAUCCCCGUGUCUGUUCCAGUGCGAAGGCAGGAACCCUCCUCUCCUGACAGAGAUGAAGGAGCCCUGGCCUCCAACUGGCCCUCCAGGCCUUCAAACCCCCAGGACCUUGGCCGCGCUGACCACAAGCCCUCGGUCAUCGUCACACGGAGACGCUCACUCAGGAACUCCUUGUCGGAGAGCUCAGAGCAGAAUGGAGGAACUGAAGGAGAGAAAGACGAUGACGGCAAAAAGUCCAAACGGCGUCCUCGGCCCGAACCUCUUUUCAUCCCGCCGCCUAAACCUGGUUUAUUCAUCGCCCCUCCUGUCUACUCCAGCAUCACACCCUACCAGAGCCACCUACGUUCCCCCGUUCGCCUCGCCGACAACCCCCUUACCAUGCCCCCCUACACACCUCCGCCAAUCCUCAGCCCUGUUCGUGAGGGCUCUGGCCUCUACUUCUCCACUUUCCUGUCCUCUGCUGCAGCCAGCGCCCAGGGUCUGCCACCUCCUGCAACACCCAAGUCAGCAACACGCAGCCUGUUGCGCUCCAACAGCUGUGACAUCACACCACCAGUUCUGUCUGCCAUCAGCGAGGCCACUCCAGUCAGCAUAGAGCCACGGAUAAAUAUUGGGUCGCGGUACCAGGCGGAGGUGCCAGAGCUGAGACAGCGGUCAGCUGUCGAGCUGGAUCAUCACCGAGCGGAGCUGGUCUGGGCUCCACUGAGUGAACUGGAGGAAAAACCUGGCUUCCAGGAGAAAGUGGAAGACCUCAUGCACCUUGCCUGCUCCAGUGUUUUCUGUGGAGGAGGCACAAACCAGGAGUUAGCCCACCAUUGUCUGUAUGAGUGCCAAGGGGACAUAAUGGCUGCUCUGUCCCUCCUGAUGCUGAGGAAUCCAGUUUUCCCCAAGUCUCAUCAUCUGGCGAACUACCACUACUCAGGAUCAGACAGCUGGACUGCAGCUGAGAGACGGCAGUUCAACAAAGGCAUCGCUGCAUACAAGAAGGACUUCUUCAUGGUGCAGAAACAGGUGAUCACUAAGUCAGUGGCGCAGUGUGUGGAGUUUUACUACACGUACAAGAAACAUGUCAAGAUCGGCCGCAAUGGGACGCUGACCUACGGCGAGGCAGAGCCUCUUGAGGGCAGGACCACUGAGGAGGAGAUGGACCACAAGCAGGGCUCUCGCAGAUUGGAGCCACAACAGGAGGAGGACAACAGGAAGUGGGAAGGGUCAGCUGACAGGAAACAGGAUGUCGGCCCCACCAGGGUGACACACACGCUGCAGUCCACUGAGAAUCCUGGGACCGUCCUGAUCAUGAAAAGUCAGGAGGACGUGGGGAGGGACCAGCCGCUGUCCCGGGUCAUCCACCCUCCUCAUCCACCCCCUCCGAGCUCCAAAACGCGCUACGACGGCAAUGCACGCAAGACCAGCCCUUCAACGGGGAACAAAGGCGCAGCUGGUCAGGAGGGAGAGUUCCCCUGCAAGAAAUGUGGCAGGAUUUUCUACAAGGUGAAGAGCCGCAGCGCCCACAUGAAGAGCCACGCCGAGCAGGAGAAGAAGGCCGCAGCGCUGCGGCAGAAGGAGGCAGAGGAACGAGCGGCGGCAAAAGCAGCCGCCGAGGCCGCCGCCCUCCUCGCUGCACGGCAGCAGAACGGGACGCGACAGGUGGGCGGGGACAGCACCAAUGACGACUCGUCGGACAGGGAGGAUGAGGACGACGAGGACUGGCAGUAAGAGGAAGGCCGCACACACUGACUGCUCCAUGCAGCGUGGCUUCACUCUCGAAAGAUGGGAGGAGGAAACUUUGUGUAUAUUUUGUGGAACAAGAAGACUUCCGUUGCUUGGCACAUUCAGGGACAGAUUUACUCCCAUGUAUGUGUUUGUGAAUGUGUGGACUGAGUGUGUGUGUGUGUGUGUAACAAUGGGUGUGUGUGUGUGUGUGUAACAACGGGUGUGUAUGUGCUUUCCAAAACUCACCAAGACCCCUUUACUCUGCUUGAAAAGCUUUUCAAGAGUUACCUCUCUUGGUCACAGGGCUUGGUCAAAUCAAAGCCAUGCCACCUCUCGGCGCUGUCCUGCUCUCCAUGCCAGGCCGCGGCCUUCCUCAGCACUUCGAGUCUCGCCCUGUGUCCUUUGACAGGCGUGGAACUUGUUGGACCCCCUUUUCUCUCUCUCUCGAUGAGCCGCAGCUCGCGCUUGCUUAAGCUGCAUCCCAUCUGGAUGAAGUUUUGGUGAUAUGAACACUGAAAUCUGACAGCUGGGGGAGUGAGGCAAGGCGAACGAACGGAGGGUCGUGCUGUUAGUUUCUCUGCACUAAGACAGACAGACGGAUGGAUGGCAUGUGCAAACUGUUGCCUUUGUUUCGCCGCUCUUCUGCACUCAAGGCUGCCAAAAGCUUUCUCAGACGCAUGAUGUGCUCUGUGAGCGUUGUUCAUUUGGGCUUUAGUUCUGUGAAUCCCCCUCCAGCCCUCGUCACUUUUUAUAGUUCCCAGUUUGUUCCUCACUGUUGAUGCCUUGGAUGUUUUGAUGCUUUUUAUCUUGAAAUGACAAUCAAUUUUACACUGUUGUUUUUUUUCCUUUUUUUAUAAAUAUGUAUACAGGUAAACGUUACUUUUUCUGCCUGUGUAGCUAUAUAUGGUUGUUGUUUUUGUGAAUAUUCUUGUUGAUGAUUAUUAAUAUUAUUAUUAUUAUUAUUUUAUUUUAUUAUUAUUAUAUCCUGGUUUUGGCUGCAACUUAUAGAGCGCUUUUCUGUACUUGUCCAUAGAUAUUUCUUUUUUUUUUUUCUUUUUCUUUUUUUAUUUAAACAAAAAACUAAAAUAAUGCUACUUUGCUGCCUGUUUAUAACUGUGAGAUUUUUUUGGAAGCCAGAAAUGAAGAAAAGGCAGAAACGUAUGUGCAAUAGAACAAGUUGACCCCAUUACCUGGGCGCCCAAGCCCUCCCUCCCUCGCCCUCUCUGUGUCAUGCUUACAACUGGCUGCUCUGGAUGCCUCACUGUCAGCCCUGUAACUGAUAGGAGGUACUGACUCGGACUGUUGAAACCACAGGUCUCUAUAGAUACACAUAACAAAGUGGUAAAGACGACAAACAGGACAGAUUAAAGUUUUGGAAACUGAUAUAAAUGUUUAUUACAUGCUUACUAUCCAAAAAUUUUUGUCUAGUUUUCACUUUUUACAUUGUCCACGUUCUCUUGAUAAUGAAUAAUUUGCUGAUGCACACACACAGAAGCAGAAGCAUUCUUUACUGCUAACCAAAUUUAACCCAGAUUUUGCGGUUUUUAACAGGAGAUUGUGAAUGCUGACAUCAGUCAUACAUUUUCUUUUCUUUUUAGAGUGUAUAACAUAUGCCCUCUAUUCAGACAUUUCAGCCAGAGUUUACGUUUUUUACAUAGACUGUAAACAUGUCACAAAAUUAUUUACUGUCAUCAACAAGAAGGUAUUACAAGAGGCAGAAGUAUUCUUUACUGCAAACCAAACUUUACUCAAAUUUAGCAGGUUUUUACAGGGGAUUCUGAAUCCUGUUAUGAGACUUAUAUUUUCACACUAAAGUCACUGUUUGCUGAUAUUUGGUGACUUAAUUUGAAGCCUCUUAUGCCAGAAAAAUUAGAAGAAUGGAUUCUCUCUAUUUCCAUGCAUGGAUAAGUGUCUCAAACUGUGUUUAGAUUGUUGUGACACUAACACGCUGUGCUGAUACCUUGUCUAUGUGGGUCAGCAGUUACUGAAUGGCAGCGUGACACAGCUUACAAAUGCAUUGGGAUAACUGUUGAAUAAUUUUAUGAAAAAAUGUGCAAAUAUUGUACAUUUUGAAUGCAGAUUUGACUGUAUAGUGGUGGUUAGGAAAGAAUUCAUAACAUCUGAUGUGGACAAACUGCCUGGCCAAUAUCAGCUCAAUAUGUUCAUCUAUCUAACCCUAACGUGUAUCUAUGGUUGACUUAUUUUCUGUUUACCUUGUUGCUGAUAGCAGGCACUGAAUUGGACUAUGGAAAUGGCAUGUUGUGAUCCGUCUGUCUCUACAUAUCUCUAUGUUAAGCCCUUCGACCUGGAGCCAGCUUUUGUUGCCAUAGCAACAAAUGGGUUAAAGGGUUAUUUUCCUUUUUAAAGGACAAACCACAGUGGGGCGUUUGGAGCAACUGGAAGAAAUAGCUCCAAUUACCAGUUACUCCACAAGUUGAACCUGGGUCUAUGCACAGACUUUGUGUGUGUGUGUGUGUGUGUGUGGACAUACUGUUAAAAGUGUGCGUGAGAGAGUGUUUUGAGGUCAAAUGUUAAACUGUACGCCAGUUAAUGGGAAAAAAAAAAGUUUUGCAGACUGUUCACAUGUUUGGUAUGUUAAUUUAUAUUUCCUUUGGGGGGGGUGUUGUUUUAAAGAAGAAUUCAAGAUGAAACCGAGGCCACGACACAAACACACAGAUGUAAACUUUCCUCAUUUCAUCCAGUUGGUUAAGGGAAUUUUAAAGGGGACAAAAGGUUUAUUUAGCUAAAGAUUAGAAAAUAUAUAUGAAUGAAAUUCUAUGUUUGCAUACUUUCUAUGCUAUUUUCAUAUGGGGUUCACACUAAUGAUGAAAUCGGAAAGGAAUCUCAAGUGCUUUUUACUACAGUCUAACUUAUUUGUUUUCGAUUUGAUUUUUACCACCUGUGUUUUUAGUAAUGAUUUAUGAAGCACUGUAUAUUAAAGUUUUAAAAUAUU